AUGGUCCUUGAUAACGAGGGCUUUGAACAACAUCUAUUCCGAACCCUCGGGGUUCAUCACACCAAGCCUUGGGGACUGAACCAUUUGACCUCCACCACCGUAUCGCGGAGUGACAUGUUGCACGAGAUUCCCAAGGCGAGCAACUCCGAUCUCCAGCUCGCCGUGAACGAUCCUUUUUCCCCGCCUUCACUUCUCCAUGAUCGGCUUCCUCCCGUUGAUAUCCGUGGAUCAGAGUCUGAUGCCUCAGCGUCUUUGAGCUCGCUCAGCAGGAUGUGGGACGCCAAGAACAUGAUCUCGCGCCAUGCGAUCCUAGGGCACGUCCGUUGUCUCGAUAGUCUUUGCCAAGGUCCGUGGCGAGAUGAAUGCCAGAAGUGA